UCACCCCAAAAGGUCGGCGUGGGCCAUCCGCACAGCCGGCUGUGCCGACAGCAACACCCUGAAGGUGCAGAUGCUGAUUAAGCCUGCCAACAGAGCUUCUUUAUAUGAUAUUUGACUACCUUCAUGACACUGCUAAUCCAAUGUCAAUUCAAAUCAAUUACACCCUAGCAAAACCCUUACCAUACCGGGAUAUCCGCAAUUUGCUUUAUGCCAAUAAAUGCAUCAGCAAUUGCACUAUUUCCUGGCUUUACAACACACAUGAGCUUUUGUUCAAUCUUCCAACAAACGACCUGCCUUAUUUUAUUUCAUAUGCAAGAGAGAAUACACUUGAUAUUGUUCGCAAAGUCAAAUUGCAUUACAGUUGGGGCGAGAAUUGGACUCUUGCGCUUAACCUUCUCCGUUGUUGCAAAAGCCUUCAGAGUCUAAAGAUCUCAUCGAGCUACGUCAUCCCAAAGCGUUACCUCAAGAGUCUUAGACUGAUAAGGGUUAAGACCUUUGAAUAUAAUGGGACUCCAAUGCAAGAAAUGCAACAAAUUUGUCAGAUAGUUAUGGGUAAUACAGAACCGAGAGGCACAGUAGUGAAACUAUCCCGUGAAGAAAUUCUGGAGUAUCAUCGAGUCGAGCUGUAUCUUAAACGAAACCCAUAAGAUACUACAGAAUUGAAUCUCUCAAUAUAGUUUGAAUAAGCUGUUGUGGCACAUCGCACCUGCUCGAAUUCGCAUGGACCCCUAUAUUUGUGCCAUAUCAUUGAUC